CUAAAAAACUUCUUAGGCUCUUCAAUAUCUAUCAUCUUUCUAUCUCUACAUACACUUUCCAACUUUGUUUGUUCUUUGCUUUUUGAUCUUCUAAAUUUCUAGUACUGCUCUAUAUUCUCUAGCUUACCAAUUCUUUUGAUAAAUUUAUGGACAAAGGAUGGGGUCUUACCCUUGAUAGUUCUUCUUCUGAUAAAGUUGGUUUUUUUAAAAAUAAACCUGUUUUUGGUUUUAAUUUAAGUCCAAGAUUGAAUCAUAUCAACGCCGGUGAAAUGUUUUCCGGCUCGGCUGAUGAGACACGUGGCAUGGUUAAUGAAGUUGACUUCUUCUCUGAGAAGAAACCUAUUGGUCUUGUUGUAAAGAAGGAAAAUUCUCACGUUGACAAUUCUAUGAAGACUGAUUAUGUUGUAAAUACUGGUUUGCAACUUGUGACUGCUAACGCUGGAAGUGAUCAAUCAACAGUAGAUGAUGGGAUUUCAUCGGAAUUACUUGAAGAUAAACGACCUAAAAAUGAGCAGUUGGCACAAUUGCAAGUUGAGCUUGAAAGGAUGAAUGCUGAAAAUCAACGUUUAAAAGGGAUGCUUACUCAAGUUGGCAACAGUUAUUCUGCACUUCAGAUGCAUCUUGUUACACUCAUGCAACAGCAGCAGCAGCAACAACAACAGCUGCAGCAGCAGCAGCAGCAACUGAUUUCAAGAACUGAAAGUGCACAUGGCCAUGAGGUUGUUGAAGUGAAGCCUGAAGAAAAGAAGCAAGAGAAUAAUGAGACCAUAGUUCCAAGACAAUUCAUGGAGCUUGGUCCAAGUGGUUCCAAAGCUAAUCCAAUGGAGGAGCCAUCUCAUUCCCACUCUUCAUCAGAAGAAAGAACGCUUUCUGGAUCACCUCGCAACAAUACGGAAUUAAUGUCAAGGGAUAAGGCAAUUGGCCGGGAAGAAAGUCCAGGAUCUGAGAGUUGGGCACCAAACAAGGUGCCUAAAUUGAUGAAUUCACCGAAACCUGUUGAGCAAUCAACAGAAGCAACUAUGAGGAAAGCUCGUGUCUCCGUCCGUGCCCGAUCAGAAGCUCCCAUGAUUAGUGAUGGUUGCCAAUGGAGAAAAUAUGGUCAAAAGAUGGCAAAAGGCAAUCCGUGUCCACGUGCUUAUUAUCGUUGCACCAUGGCUGUUGGUUGUCCCGUGCGCAAACAGGUACAAAGGUGUGCAGAAGACAGGACAAUCUUAAUAACAACAUAUGAAGGUACACAUAACCAUCCCCUACCACCAGCAGCUAUGGCUAUGGCAUCCACAACCUCAGCAGCAGCAAACAUGUUACUCUCUGGUUCCAUGCCAAGUGCUGAUGGCAUGAUGAAUACAAAUUUCCUAGCAAGGGCCAUGUUACCAUGUUCAUCUAGCAUGGCAACUAUUUCAGCAUCAGCUCCAUUUCCUACCGUCACAUUGGACCUAACAGCCCAAAAUCCAAAUGCUGCAUUGGCUAAUUAUCAUCAAAGAAUUAAUCCAGCUAGUAAUCAGUUCCAAUUUCCUUUACCAGCUGGACUUAAUCAGCCGAAUUUCGUUGCCUCAAUGUCAAGUGCACAAAUGCCACAGGUUUUAGGCCAAGCUUUGUAUAACCAAUCAAAGUUUUCAGGUUUACAAGUUUCUCAAGACAAUAUUCACCACCCCUCAUUUUCUCAUGACACACUCUCCGCUGCCACAGCCGCCAUUACCGCUGACCCCAACUUCACUGCCGCCCUUGCUGCCGCUAUCUCCUCCAUCAUCGGUGGUUCUCAACCGAACAACAGCAACAGCCCCAUGUCCGCUCCGUCAAGCAACAAUAACAACACUAGUAGUUUCACAGGGAACUAAUGAAGAAAAUAUGAGCCAUAUUAUUUUCUUUUGUAAAACUUGCUGUCAAUUACCAAUAUUCCUCUUCAUUCUUUUUUAAUAUUUCUUCCUUAGGAUAUUAGGGGCUGAAACUUGGAAUGAAUAUACAUGUUCAUAUCGUUUUGCUUUG